AUGGGGGUUCCACAGAUAUGGGAACUUCUAAGACCUUAUCUUCAAGAUAAGAGGGUACCUUUGAAGAAAUUUGUGUCUGAUUUUAAAUUCUCCCAUGGAAGAUCACCAAGAAUAGCUAUCGAUGGAUAUAGUUGGUUAUUCGAAUGUGGGUUCAUUUUGAACCAAGAGACACCUGGUAAAUAUGCCAGUCAUGGUACCAUUGGUAAGGCAGUUUUGAACUUUGUAUAUCGAUUGAAAGAACUUCUGGCGCUAAAUAUCACUUUCAUUUUGGUAUUUGAUGGUAGUAUGAAACCCUCUUUCAAGAAGAAUUUUGGAUCUCCUUUAAGCUGUGCUGAGGAUGAUUACUGGUCCACUUGGAAUUCUCAUAUGGAGAUUCACGAGCGGAAUGGCCAUUGUCUGAAGAUUAUGUUGGAUAGUGAAGGCUUACAUUUCAUGCAAGUUGUCAAGGGAGUUCUGGGUAGUAUGCGGAUAUCCUACGUGGAAGCCUGUGGUGAAGGUGAGGCCCAAUGCGCAUGGUUACAAAGGAAUGGCCAUGUAGAUUACGUGUUGACUAACGAUUCUGAUGCAUUGGUCUUUGGCGCUACCAGACUUUUGCGCAAUUAUUCCAAAUUUACCAAUGACUUAGGUGCAACUGGGAACAGUCCACUGGGAAAACAGCGGAGUAGUAGUAAAGAUCUGUUUGUUACUGUAGUGGAUUUGGAUCAAUUGAACAGUGCUACUAAUGAUAGAUACAAUUGGUGGUCACUUCUAUUCUUCAGCGUCUUAUUAGGAGCAGAUUAUAACCAAGGUGUUAAAGGUAUGGGCAAAGUAAAAGCAGCCAAACUAGCACAAUUGCAAGAUCCGGAUUUUGCUCAAAGGUUUCGUGAUAUGUUUGCAGAUUUAAGACGUAGGCCUCAGCUUUCUGAAUACCAAAAUUUCCAACAAGAAUUGACAGAGUUUUGCAAGGACCAUUCUGUGGAACUAUUUGACCGCAAUUACAGAGCCAUGUUAGGCGAAUUAUCAUUAGAGGGAUGGCCUUCAUUAAAUGCUAUAAUGUACUAUUUCCAUCCAAUUUUAAUCCCACAGAUGGAUUUUCAAGUGUUUGAUAAAUCCAAUGUGAAUAUUAGCGGUAGUAAUGGAUACAAAGAGAUCAAUUUUUUACAGCUACAGGCUUAUUUGGGGGAUUUUCGUUUGCCUGCAGUGACAAAUUUCGAGAAGUGGUUUACAGAAACAAUAUUGGAUUCAUUUCUACUUCGACGGCUACUUUCUCAAGACCGAAAUUUGACCGAUUACGUUCAAAUAGUGGACCAAAGAACUUUUGAAAUUAGCGGUAAGUGGCCAUUAUCAUGUUGGAAAAUUAAGUACAAGCCUUACAUUUUGUUCUUCCAAGUCGGUGAGAGCGGCCGUAAUAGUUUUCCUUACACGAUGUGGAUUCCCCAGGGUCUUAUACCACAAGAUCACAUACUAAUCACCAAAUGGAAACGAACUCCCAAAUCCAAAACACCGUCACCAAGCAAAUCCAAGAUAUCACCACAAAAGAAUACCCUUGACAGUUUUCUUAAGAAACAUGCUUCACCAGUCAAAGAUUUCUCACCUGCAAAGAAAAUUGACGAUCAAGUAACACUAGAACCUGUCAAAAAAAGAUUAUUUGUUGAUUCCAAUGAUUCAUCGAACGACUCUGAAGACGAUUCACUGGUGAUACUUGAUGAAAUAACUCUCAAAGACAAUUCAUCUUUAUCAACAUGGAAAAAGAGACGUCAGAAAUGA